CGUCCGUCCGUCUGUCACCAGGCUGUAUCUCAUGAACCGUGAUAGCUAGACAGUUGAAAUUUUCACAGAUGAUGUAUUUCUGUUGCCGCUAUAACAACAAAUACUAAAAACAGUAUAAAAUAAAUAUUUAAGGGGGGCUCCCAUACAACAAACAUAUUUUUUGCCGUUUUUAUAAAUAAUGGUACGGAACCCUUCGUGCGCGAGUCCGACUCGCAAUUGCCCGGUUUUUUUAUGAAUAUUUGAUCAUCUGGAUUCUAAAAUAUUAACUUUAUUUUUUCAAUGCAUUAUUAUAUUAUCUUUAUAUUGUCGUGCUUGCCUUACAAUUCUACUAUAUAAAUAUCGCAACAAUAAUGCAGACAUUCAUAUUUCGACCGACGCAAUCAUGAGGCAUCAGUCGGUGUGGCUGCUCGCGGCUGUUUUAAUUGUGGUGUUAACGUACGUAGCUGACAAUGAAGUAACAUCUGCGCCAUGCGGGCCUCAUCAUCACCGGCCCAGAGAAGACUGCGACGAUGAUGAUGAUGACGACGAUGACGAGAAACCUAAAAAGCACAAGCCUAAAAAGCAUAAGGACGAUAAAGAUGAUGACAAAGAUAAAGAUGAUGACAAGGAUAAAGAUAAGGAUAAAGAUAAGAAAAAAGAUAAGAAAAAAGAUAAGAAGAAAGAUAAGAAGGAUGAUGAUAAAUUAAAGGAAAAAGGCAAGAAGUUGGAGAAGGAUGGAAAAGAGUUUCUAAAGGACAUUGAAAAGAUCAUGAAAGAUCUAUUUUCGCGAUGAAGGACAAAUAUGAAGCCCAGAGAUUAAAUACUUCGAAUUUAAAAUGUAUUAAUAAUUGAAUUUAUCAAUUUAAUUAAUGUAGUUUAAUUACAUGCAAAUGUGGUGAACACUGUA